AAAAUUACCGUUUUUCUCGCGCGCUUCUUCUUUCUUCGUUCAUCGACGAAUGAUUGUUACCUCCUUGGCCUCUCCCUCUCCGCUGCGGCUGCUGGUCGUGUCUAUACGGGCUGCGCGUGUGUGUGUGUGUAAUCUCACCCCCUUUUUCACUCUCGGUAGCUUGGGCGCGCGCGAGAUUCGACUAUCGUCCUUAAACAUUCGUUGAACCGCGUAAACUAUUCGCCUAAAGUUGCGAAGCGAACGAUUCAAAGGUGUUUUUUUGCCGACGCGAAUGUUGUGAUAUCGAAUAUUUUGUUAUGGUGAAUAUUUCUGCCUUUUGCGCGAUCGAAUUUUGAGUAUUUUUGUUGAGGUGAAUCCGGUCAACAUUCACUUCGGGGCGAACUCGAAGCAUGGGUGUAGCCGAAGAUUUCGCACCUAGUUUCACUCAAAAGCCGCAACUAAGGCAGGAAGAUGAAGGCAAUCGGCUGGUUUUUGAGUGCAAACUGUUGGCUUGCCCGAAACCAGAAACCACCUGGUAUAGAAGCGAUGUCAAACUGAUCGAGGAUCACAGGACGGUGGUCAAGUUGCAGAGCAUUGGCACCAAUUCGUUCGUAGCUGUUUUAGAAAUCGACGAUGUUAUCGAAUCCGAUGCCGGACUUUAUAAAGUCGUCGCCAAGAAUAAAAUGGGAGAGGUGGCCGCAUCCAUUAAUCUUAAUUUUAGUCCUGUCGAUGAACCCCACGAAAAACAAAUCGACGGCUUAGCUCCGACAUUUUCGAAAAAACCAUCGAUACGACAAGAAGACGAUGGCAAACGAUUAUUAUUCGAAUGCAGAAUACAAGCCGAUCCGAAACCAACGAUCACGUGGUUUCACGGCGGCAACCAAGUCUCUCCUUCGAACCGACAUAAGAUAUUUGUCGAUAAAGAUGGCCAUUCCUAUUUUGCGACAUUACAAAUUAGCAACGUCACCGUCGAAGAUGCCGGCAAAUAUAAGGUGACCGCGAAAAACGAAUUAGGCGAAUCGAACGCCACAAUUAGUUUAAAUUUCGACAGUGAUGAAGCGCCAGUUCCUGAGGAUGGAAUUAAACCUACAUUCACCGAACGACCUAUUACUCAGCAGUCCGACGAUGGUACGAGUGUCGUCAUCGAAUGCCGAUUAGUAGGCGAUCCUAAACCAACUGUGAUAUGGCAACAUAAUAAGAAAGCUUUGAAAAGUAGCGAUAAAUAUUUAAUAUCGUUAGAAGUCGAUCAGAAAUUAUAUUAUUUGGCAAGACUGGAAAUUAAAGACGUCCAAGCAACAGAUAACGGAGAAUACCGAAUUACAGCCAAGAAUCCGCUCGGCGAUGCCAAAGCACACGUGCAGCUUAAUCUACAAGAUGAUCAUGGUCAUCCAAAAUUACCAGACGGAAAACAGCCCAGAUUUCCGCGCAAACCGACCAUCCACCAAGACGGCGAUACGUUGGUGAUGGAAUGCGAACUCGAAGCGAACCCUGUACCGGAGAUCGUCUGGUAUCAAGGCUCGAAAAUCAUACUAGACUCGGGUCGAAUACGUAUGACGAAAAAAGCGACAGGAAAAGAUAGCUAUUUAUUGAGAUUAGAGAUAAAUAAUCCGAUACCAGAAGACGGCGGAAGUUAUCGAUGUAACGCUUGUAAUAUAUACGGCGAAAGUAACGCGAAUAUCGCGUUGAACUUUCAAGGUGGCGAAGAUGGUGCCGGAUUUGCUCCCUCGUUUAUCGAAAAACCACGUAUUAUACCUAAUGACGAAGGUACGCUUAUUUUAUUACGAUGCAAAUGUACCGCCAAUCCGAAACCAGUGGUUACUUGGUAUAAAGGCAACAAAGUAGUCAACGAAACGUCUAAAAUUAAAAUGAAAGUCAACGAGCAAGAAAACAAUUACGAAAUUAUAUUAGAAAUUCAAGAUCCUGUCGGACCAGACAGUGGCACUUACAGAUGUCACGUAAAAAACGAAUUCGGCGAAAGCAACGCUAACCUUAAUUUGAACAUAGAAGCUGAACCAGAACCAGAAGGAGACCCGCCUACAUUCUUCGAAAAACCACGUAUUCGGUCGGAAAAUGGAGGCCAGUUGGUCAUCAUGGACUGCCGAGUUAAAGCUAAUCCGAAACCAGAAGUUGUAUGGUAUCAUAAUGGCAAAACGCUGACGCAGAGCUCAAAAAUUACGUGGAGAAUGGAAGAAAAAGAAGACCAUUAUUAUAUAAGAUUAGAAUUAAAAAAUCCUGGCAAAGAAGACCAAGGACUGUAUAAAUGUAAUAUAAAAAACGUCAAUGGUGAACUGAACGCGAACUUGACCCUAAAUAUUGAAAUUAAACCUGUGAUUAAAGAAGUACCCAAAGUAGUUACCAUUAAAAGGAAAUGCGCCGUUAUUGAAUGUCGCGUUCAGUCUGUCUUCGAACCACAAUGUAUAUUUAGUAAAGAUAAUGUAGUAAUUAGAGAAACCACCAACAAGAAAGUGAAAAUUGAACGCGUUUCUGAUGGUGAAUAUUUAAUUAAAUUGGAACUCGAACCAUGCACGACUGCAGACAAAGGUUCGUACAAAUUGACUGUGAAAAACGAAAAAGGCGAAGUUACCUCGACCAAUAUCGAACUUACCGAAGUACCGGAAGAAGAUGCGGCUAAAGCGCCCACCAUUGGUCAAAAAUUGAAAUCAGUGAAUGUCAACGAAGGUGGCACUAUCGAAUUAGAGUCCACUUUGACGAUCAUAGAUAAGACUGUUAAAGUCACCUGGUACAAAAAUACUACGAUAAUUGUCGACUCGAGAGAGACUAGAAUAACAUUCGAUGGCAAAUCGGCCAAAUUAUUAGUGCCCUCGGCGACUAUUAAACACACUGGAACUUAUAAAGUCAAAUUUACCAAUUCAGCUGGCAGCAGUGAAUCAUCCGCUGAAGUGGUAGUGAAAGAAAAACGCAAACUCGAGGAAGAAGAAGAAGAGAAAAAGGAAGAGAAGAAAAUUAAAACUACCAAAAAAACAGAAGAGGAAAAAUCCACAUCUGUGGUCUCUGAAAAAGACGACACAUCGAUGGACAUCGACGACGAAGAUGAUACGUUGAUGGAAGUUGAUGACUUACCAUUAACCAAGGACGAAAAAAAAAGAAAAUCUGUAUCAGAAGAAACUGAAGUUAAAACGAAAAAAGCUACAGUUGAAAAGAAGGAUGAUGCAGAAAAGACCACAGAAAAGAGAAGAUCCUCUAUAUUAAAGAAGAAAGAAGAAAGUAAAUCGGAAUAUUCGUUCAGCGAAGAGACACCAGUAGGAUCACGACGAUCCUCAAUCAUCAAGCAAGAAGAAAAAUCUUCGAUAAUUUCCGAAGAAGAGACACCCUCGGUGAAACGUAGAUCUUCGAUUAAAAAAGAAUCUUCGAGCGCGGUUACCGAAGAAGAAACUUCCCAAAAGACUCGCAGACCAUCGCUGAAAAAGGACGAAUCUCGUAACGUGAAAAAAACCACCGAAACGGUUAAAACUUCCAUUUCUGAGAAUACAGAAACCCCUCAGCCUCAGCCUGCUGAGAACGGUGUCUCAAAACCAGCCCAACGAUCUGUACCAUCUGAGAAACCGUCCCCUACUCAAACCACUACUCAAUCUGUUGAAAAUACAACGACAAAAUCAUCUCGAGUCGCUCAUUCGACAGAACCCAACCCUGACGAACCUAGUCAAAAGUCGAUCGAGACCACUGCCUCGAAAUCGACAACAUCCCAACCCUCUGAAACUAAACCUACCCAAUCAACUUUGAAAACCCAACGAUCAGAAAGUAUCACUCAGACUCCUGAACCCACCCAAUCUAUUUUGAAAACCCAAAGAUCAGAGAGUAUUACUCAGACUUCAUCUGAACCCUCUGAAACCAAACCCGCCCAAUCAACUCUGAAAACCCAACGAUCAGAGAGUAUCACUCCAGCAUCAUCGACUCAACCUCAAGAUGGCAAAUCUCAGCCAGCUGCAGAUAAACCAGUCUUGAAAAAGAACCCAUUGCUGAAGGAAGAGCCACAAGAACCUCCUCCACCGGAAAUAAAACCUAAACGGUUUAUUAAGCAAAUUAAACCGGAGACUGCUGUUGAUGAUUUGAAAGAUGCUAAGGCUAGAUUGAAAGGAUUUGCGAAGAAAAAGGAGAAAAAAGAAAAAGAGGCUGAAACCGUUGAAAAUUCCAUUGCCGCUAAAAAGGGUCUCGAUAAAAUCGGUGAAAAGGAAGAAGUAAAAUUAGAGAAGAUCGAAGUGAAAAAAGCUCCUUUGAAAAAGGAAUCUUCUCCCGAAGAAUCGGAAGAGGAAUCGGUACGAUCAGUGAAGAAAGAAGAACGAAAAUCUUCUGUGGCCACGUCAGAAGAGACCUCAAAGACGAAACGUCCUUCUAUUAAGCCGGAGGAAAAACGUAAUUCUUUGGAUACCCCCGUUGAGAAUAAUAUCGAAAGGAGGCCAUCGGUGAAAAAGACGAUAAGAAAAUCGAUAGAUUCAACAGCUGAGGAAAAGACAGCCGAAAGGAAACCCUCGAUUAAACAGGACACAGACAGCACUCUAACAGAUAGCUCUUCUAGUCAAAGUGUAGACACUGUUGAUCGUGUAACUACUUCGAAAGAAAGAUCCAAGUCCCCGAAUACUCUCGAGGUACCUUCUGUUGAUAAACUAAAACCUAAAAGGUUAUCUAUCACUAAGGAUGAGGACGUUACUAGUCCUGAGUUACUUAACGAGGUAAAAUCCAGACUAAAAAGGUUCUCUGUUAAAAAGGAAGAACCUCCCAAAAGCAAUCUCGAGAUCCCAGCCUUAGAACAUGUAGGUGAAAGACGAUUAUCUGUCAAAAAGGAUGAACUUAAAAUUAACCUCGAACCUCCGUGUCUGAGUAGAAGUCCUUCUGUUGAUAAGGAUAAACUAGAUGUCCCUAAUGGAGAUAAAAUCAAACCCAAAAGACCAUCUGUUAAGAAGGACGAGCCUACUAAAAAUAGUCUCGAUGCCCCGACCGAAGAAAUCAAACCCAAAAGACCAUCUGUUAAGAAGGAUGAAUCUAAAACUACGCUCACAACCGAAGAAAAAGUAACGGAAAAGAAACCUUCCGUUAAAAAGGAAGAGAAAAAUCCUUCUACUACGGAAAUUCCAAAUGAGAAUAAACCAGUCACCAAUAAAGAUGAGCGCAAAUCUUCCUUAGAAGUACCCACUGAACCGAAACCUAAAGGUUUAAGCCCACCGGGUAGCAGAAAAUCCUCAUUAACUGCCCCCACUGAGGAGAAAAAAGAAUUAAGGUCGAGCUCGAUUAAAGACACUCGCAAAGCAUCCCUUGAAGCACCUACCGAGGAGGUACUAAAAGAUAAAAGGCGAUCUUUGCCCAAUGAAGAUAGCAAAAGCGACGAUGUAGUGAAACCUAAGGAAAAAUUGACUCCGAUUUACGAGAAAGGAGCACCGCCAGAAAUCAAACAGCCCGAAAUCAAAGCCCCAGAUACGCCUAAAAUCGAAGUAAUCCGCGAACGAACACCGGAACAACCUCGUAAAACGUCGGUGCCCGGAUCAGCCGGAUCGAGUCGACGAGGCUCGCUAAUCAUACCCGACGACAUGAGAAGUAGACGUCCCAGUUUACUCAUCAGCGACGAAGAAAAUAGAAAAUUACGUCCUGGAGAGGUACUGGAUGACCGGAAGGCUGGAAGAUUGCGUCCUGGUGAGGUUUUAGAUCCAAAGCGCCGAAGACCUAGUGUCGAAUUGAGAAGACCGAGCGUAGCUGAACUCGAAGCUUUGAUCGAGAAAGAAUCGACUCCAUUGAGACCCGUUGGCGAGCCUGGUCCUCCGGUUAUAGUCAGAAUUGAAGAAAAUUAUUCGGCCAUUGAAGAUCAGACUGGUUACAUUGAUAUCCAAGUUGAAGGUAAUCCUGCACCUACCUUCAAGUUCUACAAGGGUAUCACCGAACUCAUCGAAGGUGGCAGAUUCAAAUUCAUUACUGACGAAGACUCAAAUAGCAUUACAUUAUGUGUGCGUAAAAUCAAACCAACCGAUGAAGGCAAAUAUCAAGUCACCAUUAGUAAUAUCCAUGGCGAAGACUCGGCUGAAACUAUGCUCUACGUUUCCGAUUCCAGCGGUAUGGACUUCAGAGCGAUGUUACGUCGUAGAAAGUACGCUAGUUGGGGUAAAGAUCCGAAUGAUCCGAACUGGGGCGAGUUGAAAGAAACCGAGAAACCUAUGCCGGCUUUGAAAAAAGUCGAAAGGAAACAAGAGUCUUUCUUGAAGCCUUUAGUCGAUCAAUAUGCCAAAGAAGGCAAAGACAAGAAGGUCGUCUUCGAAGCUGUCUUCUCUAAACCGAACUGUAAACCUAAAUGGUUCUUUAGGAAAGAUGAAUGCUUCCAAGGAUCGAAAUAUAAAUUCAAAGUCGAUAAUGAUUUAUAUCAAAUGAUGAUUGUUGGACCGAAAGUCGAAGAUACCGGAAAAUACACGAUUGAAAUUGCCGGAAUUCAAUCAACUGCUUUCUUAAAUGUUGAUGAACCGGCUCCAUCUUAUUAUUUCAUUAAACCUUUACCAAAUGUCGUGGAAGGAUUCACCAGACACGAGACGAUCUUCGAAUGUACCGUCAGCAACAGCUUGGCUAUCGUUGGAUGGUACAAAGGAACCACCAAAUUGGCUGAUGGCGAUAAAUAUAGCAUUUCAAAAGACAUGAAUGGUGUUUGUCGAUUGGCUAUUAAAAAUUGCGAAAUGGAAGAUAACGGAGAAUACUCUUGUAAAUUGGAAAAACAAACCGAAAAGACAACCACGACUACGAAAAUUGUCGAAUAUCCGUAUAAAUUCGUCAAGGUGCUCAAACACCAGACGCUAAUUGAAAAAGAUACUUUGACUCUGCUCUGCGAACUUGAUGAUGCCGCUGGUGACGUCAAAUGGACCAAGAAUGGAAAUGAAUUGAAAGCUGAUAAGAGAACUCGUAUUGUGAAAGAAGGACGUAAACGAAAGGUCAUCAUUAGCGAUGUGAAAAUCACUGACGCUGGUGACUACAAAUGUACCAGCAAUGCUGAUGAAACCGAAGCUGAAGUCGUCGUUAAAUACCUCAACAAAUUCAACAAGAAGUUAAAAGAUACCACUGCCGUCGAAAGAGAGAAAUUAGUCCUCGAUGUAGAACUCGAAGAUCAGACUGCUCCUGUCGAUUGGUUCUUCAAUGGAGAACCUAUCAAAGGCAACGACAGAAUCGUUAUCAAGAAUAUAGGAGGUGGAAAGCACCAGCUGAUAUUUAACCGUUUGGAACUCGGCGAUGCUGGUGAAAUCACUUGCAAAUCUGGUGAUCUGACUUCUUCUUGUUUCUUGGACGUGAAAAAGGGUGAAGAAAAACCCAUUAUUCGUGAUAUCGAUGACGUCGAAGCUCCAGUUACUCGUCCUAUAUCCUUCAGCGUACCGUAUAAAGUCGAAGGUACGAGACAAUCGCCUGUAAUUGGUAAAAUAUUCAAGGAUGGCAAACCAUUGACCUCGAAAGAUGUCGAUAUCAAUGUUAGCGACGAUAAAGUCACGUUCACGUUCAAGAAGCCUACCAACGCUCAAUCUGGCAAAUACCAAAUUAAGUUAUCCAACGAACAAGGAGAAGAUACCAAAGAAAUUAACAUCAAUAUGCAAGACGCUCCUACACCUCCCAGAGACGUCACCGUCUCCGAUAUCUUCAAAACGAGCUGUAAACUUUCAUGGAAGAAAUCUGAAAGCACCGGAGGAGCUCCAAUUUUACAUUACGUUGUUGAAAAACAAGACUUGAGCUUGAAAGGAGGCUGGCAGUUGGUCAGCGAAUGUAAACCAGAUGAUGAUAAUAUGACUUGCGAUAUCAUGGGCCUAACUCCGAACAAAGAGUAUAAAUUCCGAGUACGAGCUGUGAACAAAGUAGGAUCUUCAGAACCUACACCUUUGGCUAAAGUUGUCUUAGCCAAAGAUCCUUGGGAUGAACCGAGUAAACCCAACAAUGUCGAAGUAACUGACUGGGAUAAAGAUCACGCUGACUUGAAAUGGACCAAACCAGAAAAGGACGGAGGUGCUCCUAUCACCGGAUAUAUAAUCGAAUAUAAGGAAAAAUUCGGCAAAGAUUGGGUCAAAGGUAAAAUUAUUGAAGGAGGUGACAUCACAUCCGCCACGAUCCCAGGAUUAAAAGAAGGAACUCAGUACGAAUUCAGAGUCAGAGCUGUCAACAAGGCUGGUCCUGGUGAACCGAGCGAUGCCACGAAACCGAUUGUGGCUAAAUGCAGAUUUGUCAAACCCUGGAUUAUCGGCGACGAUUUGAACAAUCUCGUUGUGAAAAAGGGACAAGUCGUUAAGUACGAUACCAAAUAUGGAGGUGAACCCGAACCAACCGCUGUAUGGAAAAUAAACGGCGAAGAAAUCAAACCAGAUGGCGACAGAAUAACAAUCGAUAAAUACGAACGUAACACCGUGCUUACCAUAAGACGUUCUGUCCGAGCUGACAGUGGCAAAUACACCCUGACUUUGGAAAAUUCCUCCGGUAAAGCCGAAGGUAAAGCCGACGUCGUCGUAUUGGACAAACCAACCAAACCUCUAGGACCUCUGAAAGCCGAAGAAGUACGAGCUGACCAUAUUAAAGUCUCGUGGAAAAAGCCAAAAGACAAUGGUGGUUCGGAAAUCACCGGAUAUGUUGUUGAAAAAAUGGAUUUGGAUUCCGGCCAAUGGAUUCCUGCCGGAGAAGUAUCUCCUGAUCAGACUGAUUUCACCGUUAAAGGGCUCAUACCUAAAAAGAAGUAUAAAAUCAGAGUCAAAGCCAAGAACAAGGAAGGAGAAUCCGAACCUCUUGAAACAGAAGAACCUAUUGUGGCCAAAAAUCCUUAUGACGAACCUGGUAAACCUGGCACCCCUGAGAUCAUCGAUUAUGACAAUAAGAGUGUUAAAUUGAAGUGGAAGGCUCCAGAUAGCGACGGAGGUCGUCCUAUUACUCAUUAUCUCGUCGAAAUGAAAGAUAAAUUCUCCACUGAUUGGACCGAAUGUGCCAAGACAUCAGAUGCAACACCUGAAGUCGAAGUUGGCAACUUGAGAGAGAAGAUGACUUAUCAAUUCAGAGUCGUUGCUGUCAACAAGGCUGGUCCUAGUGUGCCCAGUGAACCUACCAAUACUCAUGUUUGCAAACAUAAGAAUUUGAAACCUCGUAUCGAUCGUGAUGGUAUGAAGAGCAUCACGUUGAAAGCUGGUAGAACCCAUAAAUGGACGGUCGACGUCACCGGUGAACCUCCUCCAACUUUGACUUGGAUAUUUAAAGAUAACGAAGUUGUCAAUUCUGAUAGAUUCAAAAUUGAAAACAUCGAUUAUCAAACCAAUAUUACUGUGAUAAAUGCUCAAAGAAAGGAUACCGGAAAAUAUACGCUUAUAGCCAAGAAUGCUUCAGGAAAAGACGAAGCUGCUCUAGAGUUUACUGUUUUAGGUAAACCGGGCACUCCUGAAGGACCUCUCGAGGUCAAAGACGUUACCAAAACUACCUGCAAAUUAGCCUGGAAGAAACCAGCUGACGAUGGUGGUCUUCCUAUUAAAGAAUACGAAAUCGAAAAAAUGGACAUUGAAACUGGUAAAUGGGUACGUGUGGGUAAAAUCCCCGCAGACGUACCUGGAGCUCCAGGAUACGGUGAUCAUCCGGAAGCUCUGGUCACUGGUCUUAAUCCCAAUAGCGAUUAUAAGUUCAGAGUUAAGGCUGUCAAUGAUGAAGGAGAUUCCGAACCUUUAACUACCCUUAAAUCCGUAACUGCCAAGAAUCCUUAUGAUGAACCUACUAAACCUGGUACGCCGGAGAUUACCGAUUAUGAUAAUGAAAGCGUCACAUUGGCUUGGACUCCUCCCGAAUAUGAUGGCGGUGCACCUAUUGAGAAGUAUAUUUUGGAAAAGAAAGAUAGAUUCAAACAAGACUGGGAACCAGCAGCAGAAGUACCUGGUAACAUGACCACUGGUAAGAUACCAAAUCUCAAAGAAAAAGAAGAACUGCAAUUCCGUAUCGUUGCUGUCAACAAAGCUGGCCCAUCUCCUGGUUCGGAGCCAACCAAAAUCCAUAUUGUCAAGCACAAGAAUUUGAAACCAAGAAUCGAUCGUACCAAUUUGAAGAAUAUUGUCAUCAGAGCGGGCAAAUCUGUCAAAUAUGAUGUCAACAUUCGAGGUGAACCUCCUCCAACUGUGACUUGGUUCUUGGUCGACCGUGUGACCGAAGAAGUUAUCAAGGAAGUAAAAUCCGAAGGUAACGUGGAAAUCAUCAAUGUUCCAUACAAUACGAAGAUCACCAUCAACGACGCCGUCAGGAAAGAUUCCGGAGUCUAUAAAAUCUUGGCUGAAAAUCCCUCUGGAAAAGACGAAGCCACCGUAGAAGUGACAAUAUUAAGUGCUCCUUCUAAACCCGAGGGACCUCUGAAAGUCAAAGACGUCACCAAAAAUAGCGCCAAAUUACAAUGGGAGAAACCAAAAGAUGAUGGUGGUACUCCUGUUACUGCCUACGUAGUUGAAAAACUAGACGCUAAAACCGGACGCUGGGUACCUGUUGGUCGGUCUCAAAAACCAGAAAUGGAAGUUAAGGGAUUGGUCGAAGGCCACGAAUAUAAUUUCCGUGUGAAAGCUGUCAACGACGAAGGAGAAUCAGAACCUUUGGAAACUGAUAGCACUAUCAUUGCCAAGAAUCCAUAUGACAUCCCAGGUAAAUCUGGUACACCUGAGAUUGUUGAUUGGGAUGUUGAUCGAGUUGAUUUGAAAUGGAAAGAACCAGAUUCUACCGGAGGUGCGCCUAUUACUGGUUAUAUUAUUGAAAAGAAAGAGAAAUUCUCACCUGCUUGGAAUGAAGUUCUCACUACUACUGGCCCUGCUUGCGAAGCUAAAGUUCCAGGUCUAAAAGAAGGCAGCCAAUACCAAUUCCGUGUACGAGCUGUCAAUAAAGCUGGUCCUUCUGAGCCUAGCGACUCGACUAAACCACAUACUGCCAAAGCUAGAAAUCUGAAACCAUGGAUCAAUCGUGAUAAAAUGCAGAAGGUCACAGUUCGUGCCGGACAGAGCGUUAAAUUCGACGUCGAUGUCAAAGGUGAACCUGCUCCAACUCUCACAUGGCUUUUGGCUGGAGCCGAAUUACAACCCGGUCUCCGUAUCAAGCUUGAUAAUCAAGAAUACAACACUAAACUCACGAUUACUGACACUACUCGUAAAAAUAAGGGGACUUAUACGCUUAGAGCUGAAAACGUCAAUGGAUUCGAUGAAGCUACCGUUGAUGUUGUCAUCUUAGAUAAACCAGGACCUCCUGAAGGACCAUUGGAAGUAACCGAUGUUCAUAAAGAAGGCUGCAAAUUGCACUGGAAAAAGCCCAAAGACGAUGGAGAUCUUCCAUUGACCGGAUAUGUAGUUGAAAAAAUGGAUACUGCUACUGGCGUUUGGGUACCAGUCAGUUUCGUCGAUCCUUCCAAGACUGAUCUUAAAGUUAACGGUUUGGAACCCAAUAAAAAAUAUCACUUCAGGGUCAAGGCUGUUAAUGAAGAAGGAGAAUCGACUCCUUUGGAAACUGAUCAUUCUAUUUUGGCUAAAAAUCCAUUUGAUACUCCCGGAGCUCCUGGAUUACCAGAAAUUGUCGAUUAUGACGAGCACAUGGUUGAUUUGAAAUGGGAUCCUCCGAUCAGAGAUGGCGGUGCUCCUGUUACCGGAUACAUUAUUGAAAUGAAAUCCAAACAUGAUCCUAAUUUCGUUCAAGCUGUCGAAGUCAAAGGUAACCAAUGCCAAGCCAAGGUACCUAAAUUGGAAAAAGGUCAGCAAUAUCAGUUCAGAGUUCGUGCUGUGAAUAAAGCUGGUCCUGGUGAACCCAGUGAACCCACACUGCCUCAUACAGCUAAAGCAAGAUUCUUGAAACCAAGAAUUGAUCGCACCAAUGUCCAUCAAUGGGUCGUGAAAGCUGGUCAUACAGCGUUGAUAGAUAUCGAUGUGAUUGGUGAACCUCCUCCAACCAUUACUUGGUACUUCAAGGACCAACCAGUUGAAAGUGAUCUAGUCUUGAAAAUCGACACCAUCGAUUAUAAUACCAAAUUAUUAGUUACCAAAGCUACCAGAAAAGUUAGCGGAAUUUAUAAAAUCAAAGCGAAGAAUUCCGUAGGCGAAGACGAAGCUGAAUUAGAUCUGACUAUCCUGAGCAAACCAGGUACUCCUGAAGGUCCUUUGGAAGUCAGCGAAGUUACCAAGAAUGGCUGCAAAUUGAAAUGGAAGAAACCAGAAGACGAUGGAGGAUCUCCCAUACAAUGCUACGAAAUUGAAAAAUUAGACCCACAUACUGGCCAAUGGAUCCCUUGUGGUAAAUCAACCGAACCAGAAGCCAACAUCCAGGGUCUCCAAGAAGGCAAAAAAUACAAAUUCAGAGUAAAAGCUGUCAACAAAGAAGGCGAAUCAGAACCUCUUGAAACUGAGAAAUCGAUUGUUGCUAAAAAUCCAUUCGAUGAGCCAAGUAAACCAGGCAGACCAGAACCUACUAAUUGGGAUAAAGAUUUCAUUGAUUUGAAAUGGUCACCACCUGAAAACGAUGGCGGUGCUCCGAUUGAGAAAUAUGUCAUCCAGAUGCGCGACAAAGAAGGUCGCAAUUGGGUCGAUGCUUUGACUGUUCCUGGUGAUAGAACUGAUGGUCGCGUUACUGGUGUAGAAGAAGGUCAUGAAUACGAAUUCCGAGUUGUAGCCAAGAACAAAGCUGGCCCUAGUCAGCCCAGUGAUCCUUCAAGGUCGAUUGUUGCCAAACCUAGAUUUUUGGCUCCACAUAUCGAUCGCAAGAACCUUAAACAGAAGAAGGUUCGUGUUGGUCAUUUCUUGAAAGUAGAAGCUGAUGUAAAAGGUGAACCUGCACCUACCAUAACGUGGACUUAUGAUGGAAAACCACUCAAUCAACCAGACAGAAUUGUUAUCGAAAACGAAGAAUACAAAACCACGUUUAUCCUCAAAAAAGCCAAACGAGGCGACACCGGAAUUUACAAAAUCACUGCCAAAAAUACCUCUGGAACUGAUGAAGCCGAAUUGGAAAUCAUCGUUCUGAGUGUACCAAAUAAACCAAAGGGACCAUUGCAAGUAUCCGAUGUUAACGCUGAAGGUUGCAAAUUGAAAUGGGAACCUCCUGAAGACGACGGCGGCACUCCAGUUGAUUAUUAUCAAGUUGAAAGAAUGGAUGUCGAAUCCGGACACUGGAUUCCAGUCGCUACUACCAAAACACCACAAACUGAUGUAACCGGUUUACACGAAGGUAAGGAAUACUUAUUCCGUGUGAAAGCCGUGAACAGUGAAGGUGAAUCAGAACCUCUGGAAACCGAGCUCGGUGUAGUUGCUAAAAAUCCAUUUAGCGAACCUGACAGACCAGGUAAACCAGUGGUUAAAGAUUUCGAUAAACAUAGCGCUCUGUUGAAAUGGGCUCCACCAGCUGAUGAGCAUGGAGCUCCAGUAACUUCGUAUAUCCUCGAAAAGAAAGAUCAAUACAGUUCCAAAUGGCAAAGAGCUGCCGAACUUAUUGGUAAUAAGUGUGAAGGUAGAGUGCCAGAUUUAGUCGAAGGAAUGAAAUAUACAUUCCGAGUGAUCGCCGUUAACAAAGGAGGUCUCAGUAAACCUAGUGAACCCAGCGAUCCAAUUAUUGCCAAAGAUAGGAAAGUUCCUCCAAAGAUCGAUCGCAGCACAAUUAAAGAUAUCACAGUCCACGGUGGACAAACGAUCAAGGUCGAUGUUAAAAUCAGUGGCGAGCCUCCUCCAGUCAAAACCUGGCUCCAGAAUAAAACUAGACUCGAAUCUAAGAACAAUCUGACCAUCGAGUCUGAAGAUUACAAGACUAAGCUUCUAAUUGUUCCCGCAUCUAGACAGUAUACCGGAACUUACACAAUCAAGGCUGAGAAUGAUUACGGAUCUGACACAGCUACGUUCCAAGUAACUGUACUAGACAAACCAGGCAAACCCGAAGGUCCUUUGAAUAUUAGCAAUGUUCAUAAAGAAGGAUGUUCGUUGAAAUGGAAAGCUCCCGAAGAUGACGGAGGUGUUCCCAUCGACCAUUAUGAAGUUGAAAAAAUGGAUAUGGAUACUGGACGCUGGAUACCUGCUGGAACGUCGACUGAGCCAAAAUUAGAUGUUGAGAAUCUCACACCAGGCAAAGAAUACAAAUUCAGAGUUAUGGCUGUCAAUGCUGAAGGUGCUUCUGAACCACUAGAAGCUGAACAUAGCAUAGUAGCAAAGAACGAAUUUGACCAACCAGAUGCUCCUGGUACUCCAGAAGUCGUCGAUUGGGAUAAAGACCACGUUGAUUUGAAAUGGACACCGCCCAAGAACGAUGGUGGAUCGCCAAUCAUGGGAUACGUCAUUGAAAAGAGAGAGAAAGGUAGACCAAACUGGACCAAAGCUGCUGAAUUGAAGAGUCCAUACUGCAAAGGCACAGCUGAUAAUUUAGAAGAAGGCGUAGAAUACGAAUUCAGAGUCAGAGCUGUGAACGAAGGUGGCCCAGGUGAACCAAGUCAAGCGAGCCAGUCUGUUGUAACGAAACCGAGGAAGUAUGCUCCUGGACCUCCUCAAGGACCACUCGAGCCAUCUUCUGUUACCAAAUCAUCAUGUGUAUUGAACUGGAGACCGCCCAAAGACAACGGAGGAUCGCCAAUCACCAGUUACGUUGUUGAGAAAAUGGACACAGAGACACUCAAAUGGGUACCAGCUGGUGAAUCUCUGGAUACCACCAUUAGAGUUGAAAACCUCAUCGAAGGUCACGAUUACAACUUCCGAGUUAAGGCUGUGAACAAGGAAGGCGAAUCUCAGCCACUGAAAGGAGACUAUCCUGUCACUGCAAAAGAUCCAUUCGGUAAACCUGGCCAACCAGGUCAACCCAAAGCUACAGAUUGGGAUAAAAAUCAUGUCGAUUUGGAAUGGCAAGCACCUAAAAAAGAUGGCGGAUCUCCGAUUACGGAAUACGUCAUUGAAAAACGAACCAAACUUGGUCCUUGGGAGAAAGCAGCUACUGUUCCUGGUAAUAGCACAAAAGCAACUGUGCCCGACCUGAAAGAAGGCGAAGAAUAUGAAUUCAGAGUUGUCGCUGUCAAUAAAGGAGGUCCUGGCAAACCCAGUGAUCCUUCUGAGAUCGUUAUCACUAAACCAAGAUUCUUGGCUCCUCAAAUCGACAAGUCGUGCUUGCAAGACUUGAUCGUUCGAGCCGGACAAAAGAUCAAUUACUCAGUACCGAUCGAAGCAUCUCCCAAACCAACCGCCAAAUGGAGUAUCAACGGAGUUCCAAUUGAAAAUGGCGGUCGAGCUGAUAUACAAGUGUACAACAACAAGAUCUUAUUCGAGAUACCUUUCUCGGUCCGAUCAGACACAGGUCGUUACACAUUGACGCUGGAAAACGAUCUAGGAAUCUGCUCAGAUUCUGCCCACGUCACCGUUCUCGACCGUCCAUCACCUCCUGAAGGUCCUCUAGAUGUCAGCAAUGUUACCAAGGAAAGCUGUCGUCUCGUAUGGAAAACUCCAGUCGACGAUGGCGGAUCUCCCAUUUUACAUUACGUCAUCGAAAAGAUGGAUAUUUCUCGCGGUACUUGGAGUGACGCUGGAAUGACCACGUCUCUUUAUUACGACGUUCCUAGACUGAUUUUCAAUAAAGAAUAUCUAUUCAGAGUGAAAGCUGUGAAUACGAUAGGAGAUUCCGAUUACCUAGAGACUGCCAAAACGACCAUUGCUAGAAAUGAAUUUGAUGAACCAGAUGCACCUGAAAAACCAAGUGUUACUGAUUGGGACGAAGAUCACGUUGAUUUGGAAUGGGAGAAACCUAAAUCGGAUGGCGGAUCUCCUAUUAAAGAGUAUAUAAUACAGAAAAAAGAAAAGGGCAAUUUGUACUGGGUUAAUGCGGCCACAGUGCCUGGAAAUCAGACUAAAGGAACUGUGCCUGACUUAGAAAAAGAUCACGAAUAUGAAUUCAGAGUUAUAGCUGUAAAUAAAGCUGGUCCUAGUGAGCCCAGUGAAGCAACUGAUACUGUUAUAGCUAGAAGUAGAUUUUUGAAACCGAAAAUCGUGACGCCUUUGAAGGAUGUUGUCGUAAAAGCUGGCACUAUUUUACACGUGGUGAUCGAUUUCGUCGGCGAACCUGUUCCUGAGGUUAUAUGGACCGUGAAUGGCGAACCAUUGAAGACUGAUAAGAGAUCUACCAUUACUUCGGUUGGAUAUCAUACUAUUGUGAAUAGAGUAGAUGCUCAAAGACUCGAUUCUGGAGCUUAUACGUUGACGUUGAAGAAUUCUUCGGGUACUGAUGAAGGAACAUUCAAUGUCACCGUUUUAGAUCGUCCUGCACCUCCCGAAGGUCCAGUUAAUUACGAAGAAAUCACCGCCUCCAGCGUUACAUUAUCUUGGAAACCUCCAAAGGACAAUGGAGGCAGCGAAUUGACAGCUUACGUCAUCGAAAAACGAGACUUGACCCAUGGAGGAGGUUGGGUACCCGCUGUGAACUACGUUAAUCCAGCGUUUACUCACGCAGCUGUGCCUAGACUGAUCGAAGGUACUCAAUACGAAUUCCGUGUGAUGGCUGAGAAUCUGCAGGGAUUAUCUGAACCGAUUGCCACCUCUAAACCGGUCGUAGCCAAGAGCCAAUUUGAUGUUCCUGGCAAGCCAUCGAAACCGGACGCUGUUGAAGUUGACAAAGAUCAUAUUAAAUUGAAAUGGAUGUCACCGAUUACCAAUGGAGGAUCUCCUAUUAUUGGUUACGAUGUUGAAAGACGCGAAGUCCUUUCUGGCAGAUGGAUCAAGUUGACCAAAGCUCCGAUCAGAGACUUGGAAUUCGACGAUACUCAUGUACAUGAAGGUAAACAAUACGAAUAUCGUGUAUCUGCCGUUAAUGCUGCCGGAUCUGGAGCUCCUAGCGAUGUUACCGAUAUUAUUACCGCUAAACAAACCAGAGAAAAACCGAAAAUAUACUUGGACGACUUGGUCGGCAAAAAGAUCAAAGUACGUGCUGGUGAACCAAUCAACGUGAGCAUUCCAAUUUCCGGUGCUCCAACUCCAACUUGCGAAUGGUCUGUCAACGAUAAGAAAUUAGUAGAAACUAAACGUGUAUUGACCAACACUGGCAAUAAUCAGACUACACUGAGAAUAGAAAACACAACUAGGAAAGAUACAGGCAAUUAUACGAUCACAGCAUCGAAUCCAUACGGCAAAGACAGCGCUGAUAUUGAGGUUAUGGUCGUCAGUUGCCCGAAUGCUCCCGAGGGACCAAUUAGAUACGCUGAAGUCACUCCAGAAACGAUUACGUUGCUUUGGAGCCCACCUAAAGAUGAUGGUGGUAGUGAAAUAAUCGGUUACGUCGUUGAAAUGUCUGAAUAUGGAACUGACAGCUGGAAAACAUGUCCUGGAUAUUGUGCUACUCCUCAGUUCACAGUGAAAGGUUUGACAGAAGGUAAAAAAUACGUCUUCCGGGUUCGAGCUGAAAACAUGUACGGUGUAUCGGAACCUCUGAAUGGAGACAGUGUCACUGCCAAGAGUCCAUUUGAUCCACCCAGCGCUCCGGGCAAACCAGAUAUUACCAAUUACAGCAAGAACAGUUGCAGUUUGGAAUGGACUCCUCCGCUUAACUCUGGAGGAAAACCAAUCACUGGAUACAUUGUGCAAAAGAAAGAACGUGGUUCUGAUUGGGUGAAGGUGAAUAAUUUCCCUACAUCGAAUCCUAACUACACAGUUCACGAUUUACGAGAAGGAGGUAAAUACGAAUUCAGAGUCAUCGCUGUGAACGAUGCUGGACCUGGUAAACCCAGUUUACCAACUGAUACCAUCACUGCCAGGGAACAGCUGAAAUCUCCCGAUGCUCCCGAACCUCCAAAGGCUGAUCGUAUCACCAAAGACAGCGUCACAUUAUCAUGGAGACCACCAAGAUCAGACGGAGGUAAAAAAGUCAAACAGUACAUCGUUGAAAAGAAAAAGAAGAACGACAAAGACUGGAGCCCUGCCGGAGAAUGUCCUGGAAAUAAUCCAGUCCACACUGUCAAUAACCUGGAACCAGGUGAAGAAUACACGUUCCGAGUCAUCGCUGUUAACGAUAUCGGAAAAUCUCCACCGAGCAGACCUAGCGCCGGAAUUGUUGUCGAAGAACAGCCCAAUAAACCUUGCAUGGAUUUGAGCGCUGUUCGCGAUAUCACCGUUCGCGCCGGAGAAGAUUUCUCCAUCCACGUUCCAUUCACCGCAUUCCCCAAACCUACAGCUACGUGGUACAAUAACGAUAACACUCUGCCCGAAACUGACUCUAGAAUAUUCCAACAAUUGACUGAUACGUCAGCCAGUAUCGUAAUCAAGAAUUCAAAGAGAUCAGACGCUGGACAGUACAGAUUGCAGUUGAAGAAUCAAGCUGGAUUUGACACAGCUACUCUGACAGUUCGUGUUUUGGAUAAACCUCGUCCUCCCGAAAACCUUCACGCUGACGAGUUCGCCGGAGAUUCCCUUACUUUGUAUUGGAAUCCUCCGAAAGACAACGGUGGUUCUGAAAUCACCAACUAUAUCGUAGAAAGGAAAGAAGAAAAUGCUCCUACUUGGUCUAAAGUCAGCAAUUAUGUUACCACACACUUCUAUAGAAUUCGUAAUUUGAUCAUUGGCAAAACAUAUCACUUCCGGGUGAUGGCUGAAAAUAAGUAUGGUGUCUCAGAUCCUGCCAUGACCGAAGAUCCGAUCAAGGCUAGACAUCCAUUCGAUGUACCCGGAGCUCCUGGAAUACCAAAGAAAGUCGAACCAACCGAAGAAGGAGCUAUCACUAUUACCUGGACGAAACCCAGACACGAUGGUGGUGCACCUAUUACCGGAUACGUUGUUGAGAAAAGGCUUAUCCAUGAAGAGAAAUGGACAAAGGCUACUCACGCUCAUGUUCCUGAUAUUACAUUGAAGGUUACCAAUUUAAUCGAUAAUCACGAUUACGAGUUCAGAGUAGCAGCUGUAAAUGCAGCUGGCCAAGGACCAUGGAGUGCAUCUUCGGAUAUGAUCAGAUGCUGUGCUCCUCCUAGUGUACCAAAAAUAACCAGCGAUUUGAGUAUUCGAGACAUGACUGUGAUCGCCGGCGAAGAAUUCACCAUCACUGUGCCAUUCACCGGUAACCCGACUCCUAAACCCGUAUGGGUCAUGAAUGGAGAAGAAAUCCUGCCCAGUUCUCGCAUCAAGUUCGAAACCUUCCCCGAUAAGACUGUUUUCACUAAUAAAUCAGCUGUCAGAGCUACAGAUACUGGUACUUAUCAGAUCAACCUGAUCAAUAGCGUUGGAUCUGAUACAGCUUCUUGUAGAGUGCUCGUUGUUGAUAAACCAUCGCCUCCUGAAGGUCCGUUGGAAAUUACCGAUAUGACACCUGAAACUUGCUCAUUGGCGUGGAAACCUCCUCUAGACGAUGGUGGGUCUCCGAUCACUAAUUAUAUUGUGGAGAAAUUCGAAGCUUCGAGCGGAAUCUGGACCAAGCUUAGCAGUUUUGUUAGAUCUUGCCAUUACGAUGUAUUUGGUUUAGAACCGAAUAGAAAAUACAACUUUAGAGUAAGAGCUGAAAAUCAAUACGGAGUAUCCGAACCGAUCGAAUUGGAUAACUUGAUCACGGCUAAAUUCCCAUUCACCGUACCAGAUCCUCCGGGUAGACCUCAAAUCUCCGAUUGGGAUUCCAGUAACGUCACUCUCACGUGGGAGAGACCAGUUCACGAUGGUGGAUCUAAAAUACAAGGAUAUAAGAUCGAAUACAGGGAUAUCACGGAUGAUCCAUCGUGGAGAGUAGCCAACGACUACCUCGUCCGUGAGCUGAACUACGUCAUCCAUAACCUAUGCAACGAUCACGAAUACGAAUUCCGAGUCCGAGCCCAAAACGCCGCAGGUCUGAGUAAACCAUCAGCAGCCAGCAAUAAGCUGAAACUGAAGGGUAAAUCCAAGGUACCUUCGCCGCCUCAAAAACCAGCCGUAACCAAGGUUGGCAGAUACUACGCCGAUUUGAAAUGGGAACCUCCGGUAUCCGACGGCGGUAGCAAGAUCACCGGAUACGUUGUCGAAAAGAAAGAAACGAGUGGAGCGAUCUGGAGCAAAUGUAGCGAUUACCAGAUACCCGAGUGUACGUACACGGCGUUGAAUUUGGUCGAUCAGGCCAUCUACGAGUUCAGAGUGUUCGCUGUGAAUGCAGUAGGACGCAGUGAACCGAGCGCCUGUACGACUCCGGUCAAGAUAUGCGAAAUUGAAGGAGGUGAAAAGCCCGAAUUCAUAUCGUUGCUCAAAGAUCAGCUGGUGCCGUUGGGUAAACGACUCGUAUUACAAUGCGAGGCUGUUGGCAAACCUAUGCCGAAUGCUAAAUGGCUCAGAAACGGUAAAGAAAUCACUCCUGGGGGUAGAUACAGGUGUGAACAAGAUGGUGGAAUUUUCAGACUACAUUUCAACGAUGUUACCGAUAUCGAUGAGGGAGAGUAUACUUGCGAGGCUAUUAAUCCUGUCGGAUUUGUUACGACUUCGGCUAGGAUUAAGAUUGGAACUCCACCGAGAAUCGACCGAAUGCCAGCCGCCAUCUAUGUACCAGAAGGUGACAACACGAAGAUCAAGGUAUUCUACGGCGGUGACCAACCAAUGGAGGUAUCACUUUCGAAGGGUGAAAAAGACAUUCCAGCCAGCGACCACGUCCGUUACACCGUUUUCGACGACUAUAUCAUUAUAUUAAUGAAAGAAGUUGGUAAAAACGACGAGGGUAUUUAUAAUUUAACGCUCAAGAACCCCAGUGGCUCUGUUUCCGGUACAUUUACCCUCAACGUUACUGGAUUACCUGGCCCACCAAUCGGUCCUCUCGGAGUAUCAGAGAUCACCAAACAUACCUGCUCUUUGAGCUGGCAUCCUCCUCGUUACGACGGUGGUCUGAAAAUCACUCAUUAUGUAGUUGAAAGAAGAGACGUGAAAUCAAAUCAUUGGAUUUGUAUCUCAACUACGUGCAAAGAAACCAAUUUCUUGGUACAAGGAUUAACCGAGGGAAACGAGUAUGUGUUCAGAGUGAUGGCUGUGAACGAAAACGGAAUGGGACCGCCGCUCGAAGGCGCUAAUCCUAUUGUGGCCAAGUCACCCUUCAGUAAACCAUCACCUCCUGGAAUUCCUAGCGUUACCGAAGUGGGAGGCGAUUUCGUCAAUCUACAGUGGGAGAAACCAGAAAACGACGGAGGAUCGAGAAUCCAAGGAUAUUGGGUUGAGAAACGUGAAGUUGGCUCGGAAACAUGGCAGCGUGUCAGUCCUACUUUAUGCAUUCCAACUCAAAUCAAUAUCGGUAAUUUGAUCGAAGAUCGUCAAUACGAGUUCAGAGUAUUUGCUCAAAACGAGGCCGGUAUCAGUUUACCGGCUCAGGCUGCUAAACCGGUCAAGAUUAAGGAUCCGUUGGCUGCCACUCCGCCGACUAUCGUUAAACAACUCAGAAACGUUAACGUUAUCCAGAAUCAUAAUGCUCAAUUCCAAUGCACAAUCACCGGUGUACCGAAACCUAAUAUUACAUGGUACAAAGGUACUCGAGAGAUUACCCCAAGUGCUCGACAUUACAUGUACGUGGAAGGUGACACGUACACGUUGAUUAUAAAUAAUGUCUAUGGCGUUGAUGCCGACGAAUACACAUGCAGAGCUAGUAAUAAAGGAGGAUCUAAAUCCACCAAAGCUGAACUUAUUAUAAUGACUCCUCCCAAAUUCAACGUACCGCCAAGAUUCAGAGACACCGCAUUCUUCGACAAAGGAGAAAACGCAGUGCUCAAGAUUCCUUUCACUGGACAUCCCAAACCGAAGAUCACAUGGUACCGGGGUAACGAAGUUAUCGAAUCCGGUGGACAUUAUCAUGUUGAAGUCACGGAGAGACACGCUAUUCUUACCAUUAGAGAUGUCAAUAAAGAUGACAGCGCGCAAUACAGAGUCGUCGCUGAUAAUGAUCUCGGAACCGAUUCGGCCAUUAUUAAAAUACAGAUAAGCGACCGACCAGACCCACCAUGCUUAUUAACGGUAGAAGACAUCACAUCGAACUCAUUAAUAGUAUCGUGGCGUUCUCCAGUCUGGGAUGGCGGAUCAAAUAUCACCAAUUACUUGGUGGAACGCAGAGAGCAUCCUCUCACCAGCUGGAUAAGAGUUGGAAAUACAAGAUUUACGACAAUGGCGGUGAACAAUUUGAACCCUGGACAUCAAUACGAAUUCAGAGUCUAUGCCGAGAAUGUAUACGGUAGAAGUGAUCCGAGCGAGCCAUCUGGAUUGUAUAAGACUAAAGACGCCAUUAAAAAAGUUCCUAAAACCAAAGAAUACGAAAUUGACGAAAGUGGUAAGAAAAUACGUGGCAGGACUGAAGGCAAGAUUAAAGAUUACGAUCAAUAUGUUUUCGACAUCUAUUCAAAAUACGUCCCGCAGCCGGUCGAUAUCAAACGCGAAUCGGUUUACGAUUAUUACGAUAUUUUGGAAGAAAUCGGUACAGGAGCAUUUGGCGUUGUGCACAGAUGUCGCGAGAAGAAAACUGGCAACAUAUUCGCGGCUAAAUUCAUCCCAGUGGCGCAUAAUUUAGAAAGAGAUUUGAUUAGGAAAGAAAUCGAUAUCAUGAACCAGCUUCAUCAUCCCAAACUCAUCAAUUUACACGAUGCUUUUGAAGAUGAAGAUGAGAUGGUUUUGAUUUUCGAGUUCUUAUCCGGAGGUGAAUUAUUUGAAAGAAUUACGACCGAAGGAUAUGUCAUGUCUGAAGCUGAAGUUAUCAAUUACAUGAGACAAAUUUGCGAAGCUAUUAAACAUAUGCACGAAAGGAAUAUUAUACAUUUAGAUAUCAAACCUGAAAAUAUCAUGUGCCAGACGAAAUACAGCACAGAUGUGAAAUUAAUCGAUUUCGGAUUAGCCACUAAAUUAGAUCCUAACGAAGUUGUCAAAAUUUCCACCGGUACGGCCGAAUUCGCUGCUCCGGAGAUUGUCGAAAGAGAACCAGUUGGAUUCUACACCGAUAUGUGGGCUUGCGGAGUACUGGCUUAUGUUUUGUUGAGCGGAUUGUCACCUUUUGCUGGAGAAAAUGAUAUUGAAACGUUGAAGAAUGUUAAAGCUUGUGAUUGGAAUUUCGAUGAGAAUGCUUUCGCCAAGAUUUCCGAUGAAGGUAAAGACUUCAUUAGGAGGUUAUUGAUCAAGAGCAAAGAGAAGAGAAUGACAGCUCACGAAUGCUUACUUCAUCCGUGGUUACAAGGAGAACACUCGAAACACAAAACUACCAUCGACUCGUCGAGAUAUAUCAAUUUGAGAGACAAAUUACGCAAUAAAUACGAUAACUGGGACUCGUUCGCGUUACCUAUUGGUCGCCUAUCCGAAUACAGCUCUUUGAGGAAACUCAUGGUUGAGAAAUACCGCAUUCAAGAUACCUCAUUCGAUCGUCGCCAAGCUGCGCCAAGAUUCGUCAUCAAACCACAGAGCGCGUUCGCCUACGAAGGUCAAAGCGUCAAGUUCUACUGUCGCGUGAUCGCCGUCGCCCAACCGACUGUCACCUGGUAUCAUAAUAACGAAGAAUUAAGACAGAGUGUGAAAUUCAUGAAGAGAUACGCCGGCGAUGACUAUACUUUCAUUAUAAACCGAGUGAAAUUAGAAGACAGAGGAGAGUAUAUUAUUAAAGCCGAAAAUCAUUACGGAUUCAGAGAGGAAGUAGUCUUCUUGAAUGUCCAACCUGUACCUCGCGAAAUCCCACAAUACCGACCAGAAAAACCACAAGUCCGCCGAAGAGAACCUCUGCUCUACAAUUAUUGGCAAGAAGAUCAAGAAUCGUCUCCCAGUUUCACAUUCUUAUUACGUCCUCGUGUUAUCCAAGAACACCAAACUUGCAAAUUGCUGUGCUGCGUUAGUGGUAAACCUCCGCCAACGGUGAAAUGGUACAAGGGACACAAAGAACUAUCCAAACACGAAUACCCGAUGACUCAUACAGACGGUGUCAUGACCGUUGAACUUGUCGACUGUAAACCCGAAGAUAGCGGAGAAUACAAAUGUAUUGCCACCAAUAAGCACGGUACCGAUGAAACAUCCUGCGUUGUUAUCGUUGAAGGCGAACAGGAAAGCGCUGAACAGGCUCGAAUGGUUCAUAAUCUCAUGUAUUCGGGAGACCGAAAAUAUAUCGAACAGCCUUUGAGACCACCUCCACUUAUAAUUACGACUAGAACGCCAAUUAUUAGCAAUUCGUACUCGUCGACAAAAGAAGAAUCCAGCUCGUAUAGUAAAUCUGCCGAUGGUACUAAAAUUUCCUCGUCCAAAUACUCGUCCUCUGAACAGAAAUCAUCGUCCAGUUUUAGUUCAUCUCGCGAUAAAAAAUAUGGUAUGAAAUUAGAUACUGGAAGCAGUCCAUCGAGGUCCAGAAGUCAUACUACCGAAUUAGCGAAAGUUUCAGAUGACACGAUGAGCCCACCAGAUUUCACUCGUAAAUUAUCCGAUAAGACCGUUCAAGAUGGCGAAAGCUGCGAAAUCAGUUGCACGGUGAAAGGUGACCCAGAACCUAGAGUAACUUGGACCAAGAAUGGAAAGACUUUAACCUCAUCUGAAGCUGUAGACUUGAAGUACAAAAAUGGUAUAGCCACACUAAGGAUAGGCGAAAUAUUCCCCGAAGAUGAAGGAGAAUACGUUUGUAAAGCAACCAGCUCUCUGGGAUCUGUAGAAACUCGUUGUAAAUUGACUGUAAAAUUGAAUGAGAAAUCAGAUACGAACGAACCCAGCGCAUGUGGAGACGGUGUACCAAAAAUAGUCAGCCAUUUAACAUCGAUGUACGUUAAAGACGGCGAGCCUGUGACGUUACAGUGUCGAAUCAUUGGUGCUGAGAAGUUCGACGUUAUUUGGCUGCACAACAAUAAAGAAAUUAAACCUAGCAAAGACUUCGAAUAUAGUAAUGUGGCCAACAUAUAUAAAUUAAAUAUAGCUGAAAUAUUCCCCGAAGAUUCGGGUGUUUAUACUUGCGAGGCAUUUAACGACGCUGGAGAAUCAUUUAGUAGUUGUACGAUUUUCGUAUUAGAACCGAAUGUAAAACCUAGUGGCCCUGUGUUCAAAACAUUCCCACGUUCUGCAACACUCUCUGAAGGCGAAACAGUAAAAUUCGAAUGCGAAACCGAAAGUGUACCUAACAAAGUCGUUUGGAUGAAAGAUUUACAGCAGAUCAAAGACGACGAUGUUCGAUACCAAUUCACACAAUCGAAUCAAAAGUUCCAAUUAACUAUUUCUAACGUUAUGCACGACGAUACAGCUCAAUACACCGUUUGCGCGACUCACGAAACUGGCGAAACCAGCGCCGCAUUUUCGCUGAAUGUUUUCUUAAAUGCUGAUUUGUAAAAAUAAAAAAAAAUGUGUUUACGCUCGCGGCCUAUUGCCAAAGCUCAGUUGUUUAAUUUUUAAAAAAAUUGGUGUUUGUUUUCUCUUUUCUAUUUUACUGAUAAACUAAUUUAUUUUGCUCGUCGCUAUGUGUAUAAUAAAUUUAAAAAAAAAACGAAACGAAUAGAGUUCCUUGCAAGAUGAAACCGCGUUCAAUUUAAUAAUAUUUAACAUUAUGCCGUUGGCCAUUGUCAUUUUAUAAUACAUUGUAAAUAAAUUAUUUCAAUUAUUUAAAUAA